UAGCUUCAGGCUAAGCCCUCAAAUCGUUCACAGCCCGACACCACUUCACCUUACCAAAUUUUCUUCUCCUUCCCGAAAGAUCUCUUAUUUCACUCUUCCCAUCUUCCCUGUCGGUGUCUCACACGAUCUUGACACUUCAAUCGGCAAUGGCUUCCGAUGCGGACAUGGAGGAUUACGGAUUUGAGUACUCCGAAGAGGAGCAAGAGGAGCAAGAUGUUGAUAUUGAGAACCAAUACUACAAUGCAAAAGGUUUGCUUGAAUCUGACCCUGAAGGUGCGUUGGCUGGUUUUGCUGAAGUGGUACGCAUGGAAGCAGAGAAGGCGGAGUGGGGAUUUAAGGCUCUAAAGCAAACUGUCAAGUUGUAUUAUCGGUUAGGAAAGUAUGAACAAAUGAUGCAAGCUUACAGGGAAAUGUUGACUUACAUUAAGUCAGCAGUGACGCGAAAUUAUAGUGAAAAAUGUAUAAAUAGCAUCAUGGAUUUCGUUUCUGGGUCAGCUAGUCAGAACUCUGGGCUUCUGCAAGAGUUCUACCAGACAACUCUGAAGGCCCUUGAAGAGGCAAAAAAUGAGAGGCUGUGGUUUAAAACAAAUCUCAAGCUUUGCAAGAUUUGGUUUGACAUGGGUGAAUAUGGCCGAAUGAGUAAGAUUUUGAAGGAGCUUCACAAAUCUUGUCGAAAAGAAGAUGGUACAGAUGACCACAAGAAAGGAACCCAACUUUUGGAAGUAUAUGCAAUAGAGAUUCAAAUGUACACUGAGACCAAGAAUAACAAAAAACUCAAGCAACUAUACCAGCAAGCACUUGCGAUAAAAUCAGCAAUACCCCAUCCAAGGAUAAUGGGAAUAAUUCAUGAAUGCGGGGGUAAAAUGCACAUGGCGGAGCGCCAUUGGGCAGAAGCAGCUACUGAUUUCUUUGAAGCUUUUAAAAACUAUGAUGAAGCUGGAAAUCAGCGUCGCAUCCAAUGUUUGAAAUAUCUGGUUCUUGCCAACAUGCUGAUGCAAUCUGAAGUUAAUCCAUUCGAUGGGCAGGAGGCUAAGCCAUACAAAAAUGACCCUGAAAUUUUGGCAAUGACAAAUCUAAUAGCAGCCUAUCAGCGAAAUGAAAUAUUGGAGUUUGAGAAAAUCCUGAAGAGUAACAGAAGAACAAUUAUGGACGAUCCAUUUAUCAGAAAUUAUAUUGAGGACCUCUUAAAAAAUAUUAGAACACAAGUCCUGCUCAAGCUCAUCAAGCCUUACACAAGGAUCAGAAUCCCAUUCAUAUCUAAGGAACUUAAUGUGCCCGAGCAAGAUGUUGAGCAGUUGCUGGUGUCCCUGAUAUUGGACAACAAAAUCCAUGGGCACAUUGAUCAGGUGAACCGGCUGCUAGAGCGCUGGGACAGGUCAAAGGGAAUGAAGAAGUAUGCAGCUGUGGAGAAGUGGAACACGCAGCUUAAGUCUCUCUACCAAACUAUCAAUAAUAGAGUUUGCUAGGAUUUGCAUUUAGGGAGAAAAUGUCAUUUUUCCAUAUUCCCUCCAUUUGGUGGUUUAGUCGUGUCAUGUUGAGAUCAUGACUGUUACCCUCUACCAGUGCGAUUCCAGUUACCCCUAAAACAAUCUCUUUUGUUGAUUUGUUUAUGUCAUUUUGACGAUCUUCAUUUGUAAUGCUUGUGAUAUAAAGAGGCCAAACCAAGUGUUGGUAUUUGAUUGGAGAUAAUCUUUUAGGAUUUUUAGUAGUUAGGUAUCCAAAAUAUUAUUACCAUUUACUCGAGUCAAUGAAUAUAUAUAUAUAUAUAUA